UCACUUCCUUUCCGGAACGGAACGGGACAUGGGACAGAUCAGCUUCCGAUCGAAUCUUCUUCGAAAAUCAUCUAAUCGAACGUAACGAAUGUGGAACGACACGCGGCUGCAAGUGCUAGAACAAGUGCUAUCGCCAAGUAUUUAAUCGAACGCGACGAAUGUGGAACGACCUGGCGCUAUAUAGAACGGCAUCGCAGAUCAUAACUGGCAUAACGAAAAAUGCUCUGCAACUUCAUCCGGAUGAGAAGCAUCUUCUCUAUUCUAUGGGUCAUAAGGUUGCCAUAAGGAACAUCGAAACCGGUGAGCAACGAUUCCUCAGCGGUCACACGAACAAUGUAUCGACAUUGUGCGUUUCUCCGUGCGGCGAAUACGUCGCUUCCGGUCAGAACAACCAUCUCGGUUUCAAGGCGAUGGUAAUCGUAUGGAAUUACAAAGAGGGCACGAUGAAAGGCAGCUACGAGACACACAAGGUCGGCGUCGUGGACCUGUGCUUCACCUGCAACAGCGACUUCCUCGUGAGCCUCGGUGGUAGAGACGACGGCAACGUGGUCGUCUGGGACGUUCAGAAAAAUUCUCUUAUAUGCGGAUCGUUCGCUAGCAAUGAUACGAGUGGUAACGCGUAUAACGUUACGAGGACGCAUCUUCACGGCGAGUGCUUCGUUACCGCGGGUGACAGGACACUGAAGAUCUGGUGGAUCGAGGCGGAGAAGCGUCGGAUGCAUGGUCUCGACGUGGAGGUGGGCAAACUGAAGCGCCUAAUUAACUGCGUUGCCGUAAACGAGAUGGACGAGAUCGUCUACUGCGGCACUUCUUCCGGUGAUAUCAUUAAAGCAAGAUUGAACCUAAGCAAUGAUCUGCAAUGUGGAGAGUCAUUGCGCCUACCGGUGUUGAUCGGCUGCUAUUCGAAGAUAACGCGCGACCCGAGAAAAAUGAAGAUGGGCGAGGGCGAUUUGUACGCAGGUGGAGUGAGAUGCUUGCUGCUUCUGAAGGAUGAGAAACUGGUGGUUGGUACCGGUGACGGUACUGUCGAGUUGAUUCAAAUAAUAAGUAAAAAAGAAAAACGAAUGCAGAAACCGUCCAAGUUCCCUAAUACGCCGCAGAUACUCAUGCAUCAAACAGAAAACGUGUGUAGUGCUGUUACAUCCAUGGUGCUGCAUCUAAAUGAAUUCGUGCUGGUUGGAACAGCCUGGUGCGAGAUCUAUCAGAUUCAACUGUCAAAUUUUCACAUGCGUCUGCUCGUCACGUGUCACACCAGCUGCAUAUACAGCAUCGCGUUCCCACGCAAUCAUUCGGAGACAUUCGCAACAGGUAGUAAAAACGACGUCAGGUUGUGGCGGCUAGAAAAGCAGAAGGAAAUAGUUCGUAUCACCGUGGCAAAUUUUAUUUGCUCUAGUCUGCAAUUUGCGCGCAAUGAUCAAAUACUUCUUUCUGCUUGGAACGACGGCAUAAUAAGAGCGUUCUCGCCAUACAACGGCGAGUUUUAUUUUUCCAUUCAUAACGCUCACACGAAAGCUGUGUCAACGAUUGCCGUCACGAGCGAUAGUACUACGCUGGUUAGCGGUGGCUGCGAUGGCCAGGUACGUGUGUGGGACAUAAAAACUGACGUGCGGCAUUUGAUUAGAAUAUUGAAGGAACAUCGGGGGCCGAUAACGUCUUUGCAUAUCUCGAGUAACGACGAGGAUCUGAUUAGUUCGAGUACGGACGGCACGUGUGUCGUCUGGGACAUAAUACGUUGCGUCAGGAAACACAUUCUCAUAGGAAACACGAUGUUUAUGAUGGCACAAUUCACGCCCGACGGUAUUCAAAUCUUGACAUGCGGUACGGAUCGAAAGAUCGCUUACUGGGAGACUCUGGAUGGCUCGCUGGUGCGAGAGAUCGAAGGUUCCAGCGUCGCGACGAUGAACUGCGUAGACAUUAGUCCAGACGGUCGCUGCUUCAUUACCGGAUCCAACGAUUGCACCAUCAAGAUUUGGCAGUACGAUAGCGCGGAUCUCACUCACGUUGGCACUUUCCAUGCCGCGAUAAUUACCGCGUGUAAGUUUAGUACCGAUGGCAAGCACAUAGUGACGGCCAGCGCCGAUGGAACGAUUAUGAUUUGGAAGUGUCCAUUCGAAGCCUUGGAAGAUUCAAAAAGUGCGGGUCAAUCAGGAAGAACGGCUAGCUCUAUACGUAGCGUGCCCGACGAGGACGUGGAUAAAUUAUCUCAGCGAAAAGAAAAGGAUGAUGGAAAUGUUAUGGCAGAAGCUCGGACUGCACAAUAUUCGAAAAAAACUAGUUCAUCAUGUACAAGUAAAUACAUUAUAUUCUUAAUUGUAUGUAAUACACAAAGUGAAAUAGACUUAGCAGACAAUGUAAACCUUGCGUGUUAUUACAACUUACAUUUGUUUAUUUAAUGACAAUACUUGUUAGGUGAUCAGAAAUCGUUAUCAGGUGCUUCUGAUCAGAGUAAAGGCUCGAAAAAAGAAAUCUGUGAAGAAAGAAUACCGGUUUGCAAAUGCACAUCGCGGAGCUCGGUAAACUCCAAGUCAAGCACAGGUACACCAAAACAAUACCGAUGCAGAGAGAGCAGUAAAUCGUCCAACAAAGCAAAGUCGAUGGAGAAACUAAAGGAGUCUUCUUCAAAUUCAUGCAGCAAAAAAUCUAUCACAUCAAAGAUGUAACGCGCAAUCGCUCAGACUGAUUAAUUUACACUCAAGGUUUCAAUAUCGCUAUGUUGAAAGAAUGAAAAUGCAUACAAUAAAAUCAUGAUAGGAUUUUUAUACCUUUCUAACGCACAAUUCUAGCAAG